GCCCAUAAAACAAAUUCCCGUUCCUCAUUCCAGCCACUCUUUCCAAUCCAAUCCCCCCAAUCCCCGCUCAAUUCUCACAUUCCAGAUGGCCUCAAAAAGCUUCUCCAAGGCUCUGCGCUCGCCAUUGAGCCGCCAAUUGGCAUCGCCCGCCGUCCAGAGGCGCACCUUUGUCGCCGCUGCCGGCCUGGUGCGUGCUUCGGCCGUCGCUGCGUCGCGCGCUGCUGCUCCGGCUCCUGCCAGGCAACAGGUCCGCGGCGUUAAGACGAUUGACUUUGCUGGUUCAAAGGAGGACGUCUAUGAGCGCGCCGACUGGCCGAAUGAGAAGCUUCUGGAGUACUUCAAGAACGACACGCUUGCCCUCAUCGGCUACGGCUCCCAGGGCCACGGCCAGGGCCUCAACCUCCGUGACAACGGCCUCAACGUGAUCAUUGGCGUGCGGAAGAACGGCAAGUCCUGGCAGGAUGCCGUCCAGGACGGCUGGGUGCCCGGCAAGAACCUGUUCGAGGUGGACGAGGCCAUCUCGCGCGGCACCAUCAUCAUGAACCUCCUCAGCGAUGCCGCCCAGAGCGAGACAUGGCCUGCCAUCAAGCCCCAGAUCACCAAGGGCAAGACCCUCUACUUCUCGCACGGUUUCUCGCCCGUGUUCAAGGACCUGACCAAGGUCGAUGUUCCCACGGAUGUCGACGUGAUCCUCGUCGCGCCCAAGGGCUCGGGCCGCACGGUGCGCUCGCUGUUCCGCGAGGGCCGGGGCAUCAACUCGUCGUUCGCCGUCUACCAGGACGUGACGGGCAAGGCCAAGGAGAAGGCUAUUGCCAUGGGUGUCGCGAUUGGCAGCGGCUACCUGUACGAGACGACGUUUGAGAAGGAGGUCUACUCGGACCUGUACGGCGAGCGCGGCUGCCUGAUGGGCGGCAUCCACGGCAUGUUCCUCGCCCAGUAUGAGGUGCUGCGCGAGCGCGGGCACAGCCCCAGCGAGGCCUUCAACGAGACGGUCGAGGAGGCGACGCAGUCGCUGUACCCUCUGAUCGGCGCCAACGGCAUGGACUGGAUGUUCGAGGCGUGCUCGACCACGGCCCGUCGCGGCGCCAUCGACUGGACCCCGCGCUUCAAGGACGCGCUUAAGCCCGUCUUCAACCAGCUGUACGACUCGGUCAAGAACGGCGAGGAGACCAAGCGCUCGCUCGAGUACAACUCGCAGCCCGACUACCGCCAGAAGUACGAGGCGGAGAUGGAGGAGAUCCGCAACCUCGAGAUCUGGCGCGCGGGCAAGGCCGUCCGUGCUCUGCGGCCCGAGAACCAGAAGUAAAGCGGGGUCAUUGGCUAAGGGGUGUGAAUUUUUCUUGCUCGGGCAACAACAGUUUGAUAUCUGGGUUAUGGGAACGGUUGGGCGGCCCCAGGCGACGCCGUGACCGGGACGGGAUACCUCGGGCAAAAAGGGACCAAAAAAGCCUUGCUUCGCAUGCGAUUUCGUUAAUAAUGGUGGCGCACUCGCAAUUGUCCUCUGUACAUAUACUCGAGCCGAUGUGCUAGGCUAGAUGGUGAUGCGAUUUGGUGCAACAUAUCAUGUUUUCUCACCUCGAGAAGAUCAUGAUGCUCAGGCGAACAAGUCAGCCACCUUCUCGAGAUCCACGUUCCCUCCA